UUAUGGGUUUUAUUGGAUACAUCGAAUAGCAUUGAUGUUUUUUUUUGCUUUCCUACUUCUAGUAAGGUUUAAGUAAACAGUUGUAUUCCUUGUUCGUAUAAGACAAUUAGGAUAUGUUUUCAAGCUCAAUGACAACACAAAGGCUUAAAUUUGUUGAGUGGCUUUAUACAUAUAGUAAAUGCAUGUAUAAUGUAAAGGGCAACAUAAAUGUCUAUAAAAUUUGCAAACCGAAAAGGACUACGACUAAAGGAGCGAUAUGUAGCCCAAAUCUAAUGACUAAAUGUAAUACCAAAGAACCAAUAACCGAUUUUGAAGAAACUGCAAAUUUUAAAUUCAAAACUCUGUUAUAUGAUGAAAAUUCCGACAAUGUCCUAGCCGAAAUCAACUCUUGCGAAGAUAAGAACAAAUUGUCGGAGUUAAUAAAAACAUCACAUCAUAAAUUAAAUCAUAAACAUUUUAUACAGUGCAUUCUAGUUCUCAAAGACCUUUGCCGAAGUAUUCAAUACGAUUCUGAAGACAAAUUACUAGAAAAUAUUUUACAUGGGUUGAAACCUCAUGUAAAAGCGAUGAAUAUAGCGGAACAAAGCUGUUGUUACCUUUAUUUACGCAAAUUUGAGAUACCAAACGAAAAUACCGUUGUUAGUCAGCUGCUGGGCAAUGCUUUGGAAAAAAUUGCGACUACACCAGAUAAUCCAAUUGCUUUACCUGCAUUAUCUCGCCUGGCAGUAGGUAUUAAUACUGGAAAUGACUUCCACGUACCGUCAGUCUGUAAUCACUUCAUUCCUCAUGUAAUGUCUCAUAUUCAACAAUGCAAAAACGAGGACGAUUUACGUUUGAUUUCAGUUUGUCUAAUAAAUCUGCAGCCUUUGAUUACAAUUGAUAUUUUAGAAACAUUUAAGGCGAAGAUAGAUGAUGUACUAAAAAAUUUUACAAUCGGUGCGGAGAAUCAAAGGACUGUAUUAAGAUUGCUACAUUUGUUGAAUCAUCCAGCAUGGUCCCAACAAAACGGGCGUGUUAUUCGCAAUCUGUUAUUACUAUUGCAACCGAAUUUAUCAAAGUUAAGUAUCUCGGACCUUAAAACCACCAGUACAAUUUUCGGUUAUCAUUUGGAGCCUGCAGCUUUAGUUGCCCCACUAAGUUCAUUGAUGAAGGAUUUAAUUCAUUAUCAGCAUAAAACUGAUCUAAUCGCUGCAUAUAUGCCAUUUUUAGAACCACAUCAACGGGAACCUACAGUAGAUGUUUUUAAACAUUCGAUCUCUACUUCAGAACGUUUUCCAAGUCUUUAUGAUGAUGGGGACUUCUUUCAAAUAAUUCGUGCUUUAAAGAUAUCUGAUGCAAGUAUAUGUGAUGCUUACUGGUCUAAUGUGCUAACCUCAGUCAAAAGCAUUGGCCACAAGGAAUCCGAUUUACGAUUUUUAAAACACUGUCAUCGGUACAUGCAUUUUAAUAACAACUUAGGUGGUACAUAUCGUUUCAUACCGCUAGAACGGCGAUUGUGUCAAUUGGCUAUGGAAGCAAUUGAAAACGAUAUAGCUGCCCGAUUGCCCUAUAAAUUUGCACGUUUAGCCUCUUUUGUGCUAGCAUAUGGUCAUACUCCUUUUGGCUGGAAGAAGUUUCCCAAUGUACUACUUUCUAAAAUCAUAUCCAUGUCCUCUCAGUUCAGUGUAAAGGAUUGCUUCUAUCUAAGCCGAGGCAUACAUAUUGCUUUGGAAUUACGAUUUCGUAAUACUACUUCGUCGUUGCUAGUGAUGCAACUCGCCACUUUAGAUAGUGUUCUAACAGACUGUGUUGCGAGACAUCUAGAAAAUAAUUCUUUGUCAAUAUUUGAUUUAAAUACUAUAGUAAGAACCCUUGGAUAUAGAAAGUCUUUCAAAAAUAAAACGAUAUACUAUGAAGCAUUGGAUCGGUACAAACAACUAGAUUAUAAAGAAAUCAACUCACGCACGAUAAGAGAAAUGGCUUUUAACUUCAACGCUGCAAAUUGUUCUGUACCCAUUGCUCUGGAGGCAAUGUUUAGGUAUAUUGAACAUCAUCAUGAAGUUGUCAUUGGAGAUACUGUGGAAAAGGUUUUAACUUGUGCAUAUAAUCUCGGGUAUGCGCCCCAAUCUAACACAGCGCUUUAUAAUGCGGCUCUGGUUUUGAAACGAAAAACUAAAUGGCAAUAAAAGUGAACUUAGCUGUGAACUUAAUCUAACAUUCGGGUGUAAAAGGAACCCAUUGCAAAUAAGACUAAAUAAAAACUUAAGUGAGGAAAAUAAGGCAAAAAAAAAAGUAAAAAAAAAAUUAAAAGAGCACGAAAUCAAAAGGCUAUGGAAUUCAAUAUAGGAGCCUAGUGAUGUUUAAAUGCAAAAAUCUAUAGCUACUUAAUGUAAACAAACCACCGAACUUCAACGAGAAAUCCCAGGCUAAUAAUUACAGCGAUAAAAAAAAUCCAUUGUUCGCGAGAAAAGCAAUUACUAGCAAAAUUAGCAAAAUUAAUAGUAAAAUAAGCAAAACAACUAAACGGUAUACAACAAAAAAACUUAACGCGGAAUAGCCGAGCGAGGUAAAAAAAA